CCAGGAAACACCCCGUCGCGCGGCCUCUAUCCAGAUUUCGGUAUAACUCGUGGGUAACAGGGGGAUUAACAACUGGCAGUUUCAGCCGGAGACCAGUCCCUUCGCUGGACGGAUCGGGUCGCCUCGCAGGUCGGGUUACUCUAAACCCAACCGCCUCCUGCUUACACGCUUUUCAUCUUCACUGGACACGAAACGUACGAAGGAUUCGUUGUUUCUCUGCUGCGCUGGAUUAUCCUGAGCCCAGCCCCAUCGAGUCAUCGACGCCCGGAAACUGCUCACUAUUAAUCAUGGACUUCGAUCCCCGCCAAUACGAAAACCUCGCUAUAAAUGAUAACGACGUCCAAAACAUAGUUCUGUCAUAUCUUAUUCAUAAUUGCUACAAAGAAUCAGUGGAGUCAUUUAUUGCUUGCACAGGAAUGAAGCAACCGGCAGACUAUUUAGAAGACAUGGAAAAAAGGAAAAGAAUUUUUCACUUUGCAUUAGAGGGAAAUGCACUAAAGGCCAUUGAGCUGACUGAACAGCUGGCACAGGAUAUUCUUGAGAAGAAUAAGGACUUACGGUUUGAUCUUUUAAGCCUUCACUUUGUUGAGCUUGUCAGGUCUAGGAAAUGCACAGAAGCUUUGGAAUUUGCUCAGAGCCAGUUGAGCCCUUUUGGGAAGGAGCAGAAAUACAUGGAAAAGCUUGAGGACUUUAUGGCCCUUCUUGCUUAUAAAGAGCCAGAGAAGUCCCCAAUGUUUCAUCUGCUCAGCUUAGAGUACCGGCAGCAGGUUGCAGAUAGUUUAAAUCGAGCUAUUCUUGAACACUCAAACCUUCCCAGCUACACAGCAAUGGAGAGGCUUAUACAGCAAGCUACUGUAGUUAGGCAGUGCUUAAGUCAAGAGGCUGGAAAGGAUGGGCAUCCACCUUUUACAUUGAAAGAUUUUCUCAAAAGUUGAAACAUGAACAAAGGGCACCGUUGGGGAGUGACGCUCGGUUACCUUAAGCUCUUGUUGCCGCAUAGGGGAUUCGUGUGGUUUGACCGUGGGUGGAAAGUUGUCUGAAUGCCUGUUCAUCUAUAUAAUCUAAUAGGCAGGCUGUGAUGAUUGUUUGGUCUUCGUCAAGUUCCUUGAAUGGCCGGCCAUGGACAGAUUUGCAAUGAUUUCCUGAUUGAGGAUUCGGUAUGGGGCAGUUGAUCUAACGUGUCGCCCAACCUCGACCAAACCUUCUUUUUCCUCUUGUUCUGAGGUUCUGAUAUGUAAAAUGCAUAUGCAUCUUUUGGCUUAUAUUUUAGCGGUAGAGCGCGCGGAAAACUAGCACGUAUGGUACCUCAUUCUUCGGCUCCACUUUUAUUGUCCACCAUGUCGUACAUACGUUUCUAGUC